UCUGUCAGAAAAUAAAACAGCGUCAAUUUGUGUUUAUUUUGUUCGAAGCUAUGUGUUUAUAAUAAAUAUUAUCAAAGUUGAUCACGAUGCCUAAACCUACGUGUGUUCAAUGUAGUACCGACGACUCUCUGCUCUGGCGAACCGCCGAAAACGGGCAGAUAUGCAAUGAAUGUCAUCUCUCUAACACGGCUACUAAAGAAGCGAAAUCAGAGACUACUGUUAAGCCCGAUCCGGACGAUAAAAAGGAUGACAAGGACGAUGCUGAUAGUAAGAAUGGACGAAGUGAAGGAGAAACUACUCCUGCUAAAGCGACAGGCAAGGGAACUAGGAAAAGCACGCGAUCCACUCGGUAUAAAGCAAAAACGCCCGCUCCCGCCCAGCCGAAGACUCCUGCACCGCGUGGCCGUGGACGCCGGAGCAUCUUCAAACGGCAGCCUUUGAAAGCUCCGACGGCGACGCCGACAGUAGUAACGAGCGACUCCAUCUUCUACAAGGGCAUGUACAUGCAGGUGGGCGACAUCGUGUCCAUGACGGACGUGGACGGCAGCACGUAUUACGCGCAGAUCCGCGGCUUCAUGACCGACCAGUACUGUGAGAAGAGUGCUGUCGUCACCUGGCUGCUGCCCACCCGCGCCAGCCCACCACCUGAGAAAGGCUUUGACCCCGCUACUUAUAUUAUUGGUCCUGAAGAGGAGCUACCUCGGAAACUAGAAGUGAUGCAGUUUGUGAUGCACGCCCCCUCAGACUACUACAAAGCAAGCAACAGCCCGUACCCCCUCACUGACAACGAGGUCAACAACUACACCGGCUUCAUAUGGACGACACUGGAGCCCACAGAGAAUACCUAGAUCAUAACUAUCCUUAGCUGUAAUGUUAACUCAUGAUUAGUGUGUAAUUAAAGUUAUUUUCCUAAUUUUCUAU